AUGUGGAAAUACGUUGAUGGUACUGCUAAACGACCAAACACUGCUGAUACAACUACUAAAGAAAAGGAUAAAGAGCCUGCAGGAGAAAGCUUAGAAACCUGGGAAAUCAACAAUCAUAGGAUACUCACAUGGAUAGGCAACACGGUCACAACCUCCAUAAGCAUGCAACUCAUCAGAUUCGAAACUUCCAAAGAAGCCUGGGAUUUCCUCUCAAAAAGGUAUACCCAAAUCAACUUUGCUCAACGUUAUAAACUUGAACAAGAUAUCAGAUCUCGUAAGCAACACCAUGAUCAAUCUAUUUCUGAUUUUCACUCUGAAAUGUCAGUUAUAUGGAAUCAGUUAGCUCUUAUGGGACCCAACUGGACCAUAGAUGUUGAAUUAUGGGAGAAAUAUAGGGAAGAGUCACGACUAGUUCAGCUGUUAAUGGCACUAAGAGAUGAAUUUGAAACUGUUAGGGCGUCAAUUCUUCAUAGAUCACCCCUACCAACCGUAGAGACUGCACUUUUUGAACUUAUUACUGAAGAAACUAAGAAGCGAAUCAAAUCUGAUAUCCCUACCGUACUAGCAGUACCUUCUCGAACAAGUUUUAACAAUCAUUUCAGCUCUCAAAAAUAUCAUCGUGAUACAACUCAACCUGUAUGCUUUAACUGCAAGAAACCUGGACAUAUAGCAAAAAAUUGUACUUUACCACCUAAUGCAGUAACAUCAAAUGUGUCUCAAGGCUCAACUUCACAGCCUCAUUGCAAUUACUGCAAAGAACCUGGACAUACAGAUUAA